GUUCUCGCUCCUCACAGUCGCGUCGGAUCGCGCCGUGGCAACUUGCCAUCAUAUUUUAUCAACGACGAACUCGCCAUGCUGGAAAACACGCUUCGAUUUCUAACAGCUGUGGUCAAGCCCAAACCUACCUUCACAAUCCCACCCUCAGACCCCGACCCGGUUCAUAACUUCUCUAUGAGAGAUCGAAACUCCUCUAAGAACCUAUCUUCAUAUCCCAGUGGAAACUCCAUCACCUCUUGGUCUUCCUCGCAGCGUCAACCUCAGGCGACAAGCACUCCUCACCGUCCGAAUAACUCGUGCCACUGUGCAUGCCACUCCAAAAGCCGAUCAGCCUCGCAGCCCUCUACAAGUACAGACCCGCUCAAUCUCCCUUGCUCACGAUCGAACCAACGUUUGCUGAAGCCAUCUCCCCAUAGAAGGGAACCUAGCUUUCGCGACACGCCGGCGCAGUCCUUGUCUACCGUCAAGAUUCAGCCGUUGGCAACUCUGGUUGGAAGGUCAUCCCGAUCGAAAGAGGUGAAACUAAUGUCAUUCAAUCUCGUUGCGUGCGUGACGCAAAUUUGCAGAAACAAGCCAUCCCAGUUCUCGUUUCCGAGAUGGGAGAGCUUCCCAGCAAAUCCCGGACUACAGCGAGAAAUGUUACAGUCGAUGAGUCUUCAAAAAUGGUGCGACUUCUCACAUCUGUUCCUGUUCAAGCAUCAUGGAUAUCCCCGAGAAGUCGGAAUUUCACUCUUUGCGACCUUUGAAGCGGACCAGGACGAAGCCCAAGCGGUCUUCUAAGACCCGAAUUCCCUCUUUACGAUCUGAGAGUGUUAAACACUCCAAAUUUUCACUCGGGGUAAAAAUAGUGCACCGAUCAAGCACCUGGACCGGGCAGAAAAAGAAGUCGAACACGUCUGCUGCGGCUGCCCGUUCGAGCUUUCUAUCCCUGAAAGACAAAACCAGCUCGAUCAGAAUUGUGCGCAAGCGUGACGGCACGACAAUUUUUGUCAAUCGAUUUGGAUGGCCUUCCAAGUCAGCUAAAGAAAGAACGGCUCCUACCCGGAAACCCGUUCCCGCAGAUAGUAAUCAACAUGACAGCGCCGGCUCAACUGCGGUCACGCAAACGCGGAAUCAUCGACCUCGCUCACGACCUUCAUUUGAAACGGGAUUAUCUCCAAUCAUCGAGGAUCUGCCUUCUUUUCCAAGCUUGGAUGACGUCGACUCACAAGUUGAUCCGUUCAUGGUGGAUUCCAACGAGGACGGCGAGGCACGCCCUUCCACAUCUGGUGAUCUCAAAUCUGAUAAAGUUUCAGAACUCGGACCAGCGGCACGAUGAUGAUUCCAGAAACUUGGAACACAUGAAUCUGAGUGGGUCGUUUGUGCUUCAGACGGCCUCGUUUCGUAAUCUACGAGACGGAUCAUCGUGCGCCAGUGGAGAUGAGCCCGAGUUUCUUCCAGCCCUCGUUCUGACCUUUCCCACGCCUGAGCCUCCAAGAUCACCUGUGUUACCUACUCCGCUAAACGCUGAAGAGGCUCUGGCUACUUCCAUCAACAUGACCUUGUGUAUACCCAGUCUCCCUCGCUGCGCCCACUGUGGAUUUGGCUUUGGGCUGGACAUUCAAGAUCUGGAGCUGCCCCUAAGCACGAAGCCUUGUCGCCACUGCGAAGCCCAAUGGUCGGCCUGCAAGAGAUGGUCUCAAGGCAGCACUCACCGCGCAAGACUGGAAGACACGUUGAAUGUUCUAGCGCUUCCUGAGCAACAGGUCGGCGAGCUCGGUCAAUGGAAUAGGAUCCGUCCUGUUGGCCACCGCAGUGAAGAAGUCUAUGCAAGCUUUUCCAACGUCUUCAUCCGAGACAGAUCACCACGCACCGUAUGGAAGAAGGUCGCGCGAUUCUUUUCCAGCAAGAGGUCUGAUUUGAGUUGAAUGAAAAGCAAGCAGGAAGGGUACACAUUUCAGUUCCCGUGUUGCAUACUAUAGCAGAUUCUACUUUUGUUUCAUCAAUGUCGUGUCACAAUAUAUUUAUAGAUCCCAUCAGUGGGUCUGGGGAAGCUUCAGGGACCACGCUCCUUUCCCGUCGUUUUCCUCGACUUCCGCAGCAAUCUGCACAACGCCGUGUGUUGCAGCUGCAGCACAAGACCAAGAGGACAGAGUGUUUGAAGAGCGCCGGCGGCUCGGGAUUACGCCAUCCGACUCAUUCCGCAAUGCACAAGUCGAUCCAUUCUUCUGGGUCUACCCAAACCACCGGUUCUGCUCCUCAGUAUAAAUGCACCUUGGCCUUAAUCAUUCACGGUCCCCAUCCACGCACAUGGCCACCAACAUGACUGAUACCGAAGGCCAGCACCGUCUACCGCUACCACGCUCGGAAACACGCUCGGAAACCCAGCCCUCGGCCCUGUCUGUUUCAACAUCGAUGACCAAGCCCCCGUUUCACGCUCGCCUCAAGCGCGUAGGGUCGACAGUCGCACUCCAUGCGAGGAAGCAUGCGGGCGUCGGCGUCAUCUGCGCGGUCGCGUACUUCGAUCCUGGCAACUGGGGAGUAGAUUUACAGGCGGGCUCGGAACUAGGAUUCAAGCUGUUGACUGUUGUUCUGUUCGCGGGGUUGUUUGCGGCAUUUUUACAAGUUCUAGCGACCCGUCUUGGAUGCGUCACUGGACUAGACUUGGCUUCCCAUUGCCGAGUGCUGUUGUAUAAUCGCCCAAAACACACACGACUGUACAGGUGGCUGGGACUUUACCCGUUGUAUCUGCUCUCCGAAAUCGCCAUCAUAUCGACGGAUCUCGCGGAACUGCUUGGGUCUGCCAUCGCCUUAUGUCUACUGUUCCCCCGAUUGCAGCUGUGGCACGCCGUUUUGAUUACCGCCUUCGAUGUAGUUUUGUUACUUGCUUUGCGAGAUCCUCUACGUUCCAGUCCAGUGAAGAUGUUCGAGUACUUGAUUGCAGCUAUGGUUCUUGCGGUGAUGGUCUGUCUUGUUAUUAUCAUCGUCAAAGUCGAUGUAGAUUGGGACGACGCAUUUCUGGGAUUUGUUCCCUCGAAAUACCUGUUCACGUCAAAUGGUCUAUACUUGGCUGUCGGUAUUCUCGGUGCCACAGUCAUGCCCCACAGUCUGUUUCUUGGCUCUGCCCUCGCAGUACAAGACAGAGUCGGAACUCCGCUGGAGAUGCGCGAAGAGCCCCCGCCAUUUAAUCUGUGGCUGAAAAUAAAAUUACUGUUCCGUACCCCUCCUGCAUCGACAUUGGCCAAGCCUCAGCACGAGAAUAACACCUUGACUUUUGUUCGAAAUCAUCUAGCGCAUCAAACGUUCGACGUCGUUGGCAGCUUACUCGGUUUCGCUGUCCUCAUCAACUCGAUGAUACUGAUACUGGCCGCGACGAUGUUCUAUUACGGCGGCGCUCAAUCGAGCAACUCUGCUAGUCUGUUCGACGCGUAUGAUCUCAUAAGUCGUGUCGUUGGCAAACCUGCUGCGACCUUAUUUGCUAUCUCCCUCCUGGCUGCUGGUCAGAGUUCCUCUAUCAUAGCCACAGUUGCUGGUCAAGUCGUGUCCGAAGGAUUCCUCCAGUGGCGUGUAUCGCCUGUAGUCCGUCGUCUGCUGACUCGGCUUAUCGCUGUCGUUCCUGCUACCGUCGUGGCGGUUGUUGUUGGCCGCCCCGGCGUAGACACGCUGCUCGUCGCAUCGCAAGUGAUCCUCGCCAUCGUUCUGCCAUUCAUCACUUUCCCCCUCAUAUUUUUGACAUCAUCCAAGUCGACGAUGCUCGUUCGGAGGGAGCACAGCGAUCCCACGCAAACGGCUGUCGACUACAGCAACAACUUGCCUGUGACGCUACUUGGCUGGACGAUUUGGUUGAUCAUAGUGGCUGCUAAUGUCUAUGUUAUCGUGACACUUUUCAUAGCGCCUUGAGCUUUGGACGUUGCCGGUGCGAUAUGUAUUCUAGAUCCCCAUGUAGCUUAUUCUUAUAUUGUAACUCUGCCAAAGAAUUGCUAUUCAAUAGUCUAUGAUCGGAAUCCCAGGAGCAGACCGCGAGCUCAGAGUGACUUUCAUUAUGCGAGUCACCUUUUUGUUGGCCUGGUUUUGACUGCUGGUCUUGACAUUGCCAGUAGUUCGCUUGAUAGAGUCCAUCACAUAGCGGAAGUUCUUUACGACAUCCUCGACCGGAAAAUCGAUCUUGGCAAUGGGCAUCCGGAUGUUACCAGUACGAUCUGACUUCCAUUCCGAACUGCUCUUCACGCGCUUGAUGUAGCCAGCGACAUCGUCCGUGACCGUACCCCUACGCUCCGCCGGCAUCAGACCAAGGGGGCCGAGAAAUCGACCUAGACGCGGUGUGAUAGCGCGAAUGAGCCCAGGCGUGGACAGAAUGGUGUUCGCCCUGGUACGUCCCUCAAGAAU